GCUUGUGAUGAUGAGGUCAUGCAUGUUACAAGAAUUAGAGCCAGUUUAGCAAAUAUCAUUCCCAGUUUUUAGGUCAUGGACAUAUAAAGAAUUCAAUACUGAUGGAUUUUGCAUCAAAAGCGUAGAUGGGUGAUAAACCUGUUGAAGGAUUGUUAUUGCAAGCUGCUGGGCAUUGAUGUCAUUUCAGAAUAUGUUUACUAGUAAAACCAUUGAUUCUAUUCAAUUUGCAUCACAUUGAACAGAAAGACAGCCACCUGUGUAAUUUGGUUAGGAGCAUCAAUGUGAUGACAUUUUAUUUGCAUUUCACCCAUACCCUAAGGACGAGACCAGUGUAAUUUCUGCUCAUAUGAAUAUUACUUGGAGAUUUAAGAAUCAGGAUAAUUUAAUCUGUAUCAGAUAUGCUGAAUGCAUUUGCUAUAAUGCGUAAAGUAAAUUGGCAGGUAAAAAAGAAUGAAUAGCAAUUUGUCUUGUCUAUUGCAAUUUGUCAGUGUCUCUGUGCAAUGCAUUGUAGGUCACUGUCUUUCUCCAUGCUUAAUGGCAAUUUGUAUUCAUGCAUAAAAUGAAACUCCCUGUAACAUUAUUUAUUUAAAUGCAACGCUUUAUGAAAACUCAAGAGUUUAUUUUAUGGCUAUGUAACUGGAUAGCUUAAUAUAAAACACACAUCUCUCAUGACUAUGUAACUGGGCAGCUUAAUAUGAAACACACAUCUCUCAACCCCAAGACAUUUCUGCCUUGCCUACAGUAUUAUCCGUUUGGUAAGGUGUACCUUUAUAAUAGUAUUUUUCAUUCUAGUAGAAAGAGUCUUUGAAGAUAAGAAUGGCAGCUGUGUCCACAGAGAAAAGUGAUGCCAGUGGAGAUGACAUCCUGAAGUUGCAGUUUGCCCCUUUUAGCAGUGCCCUGGAUGCAGGCUUUUGGCAUGAACUGACCCAGAAAAAACUGAAUGACUAUAGACUGGAUGAGAGUCCAAAAAGUAUUAAAGGACACUAUUUCAAUGGGGAUCCUUCUGGACUGCCCACGCGACUAUCCUUGGAAUUCAAUGCAUUUGAUGUAGAUGGCCCAACUCCAGCACGCUGCUGUCCAGCAAUUGGUACUCUGUACAAUACAAACACUUUGGAAUCCUUUAAGACUUGUGAUAAGAAAGCACUGUUGGAGAAAGCAGCAAAAGAGAUUUGGGACGCGAUACAGUCUGGUAUUGUGCUUGAAACACCUUCCCUUUUAAACAAAUUUCUACUUCUGACUUUUGCAGAUUUAAAGAAGUAUCGUUUCUAUUACUGGUUUUGUUUUCCUGCCUUGUGCUUUUCUGAAGGGAUUCACAUGGUUCAGCAGCCCGUUAUCCUUGAAGAAAAGUUCUCUUCCAGACAGAUUCAAAAAUUACAAGAAGCCUACGAGGAUCUUUGCCAUACAGAUGGAGCUGCUGCACUUCCAUACUUCCUAAUAAAGUUUACAGAUGAUUCAGUUUCAGUGUCUCCUCUAGGAAAAUGGAAUGACUUCUUCAGAGAUCAAAAAAAGGUAACAGUUGGUGUCUAUGAUCCUUGCACCUUGUCCCAGUAUCCUGGAUGGCCCUUGAGGAACCUCCUCAUUCUUGUGGCCUGCAAAUGGGGAGGUGUCCUUGAUUCAAUUGAAGUACUCUGCUUCAGAGACAGGACCAUGCAAGGAGUGAGAACUACUAAGCACAGCAUCUUCUUUGAAUUAAAGCUCCCCAAGCUAACUGCUGGCUCAGACUGCCCAAAAAGUGUUGGUUGGGAGAAAAACCAAAAGGGAAGCAUGGGACCAAGAAUGGUGAAUCUCAGUGAAUGCAUGGACCCUAAAAGACUGGCAGAGUCAUCAGUUGAUUUAAACCUGAAACUGAUGCGCUGGAGAUUGGUUCCGUCUCUUGACCUGGAGAAAGUUGUUUCGAUCAAAUGUCUUCUUCUUGGAGCUGGCACCCUGGGCUGCAAUGUUGCAAGGACCUUGAUGGGUUGGGGGGUAAGACACAUAACUUUUGUGGACAAUGCAAAGAUCUCUUACUCAAAUCCAGUGCGUCAGCCUCUGUAUGAAUUUGAAGAUUGUCUAAGUGGUGGAAAAUCUAAAGCUCUUGCAGCUGUGGAAAGAUUAAAUAAAAUCUUCCCUGGAGUGAAUGCCCAGGGCUUUAACAUGAGUAUUCCCAUGCCUGGUCAUCCUGUGAAUUUCUCAGAGGUAACGAUGGAACAAGCUUGCAAGGAUGUAGAACAACUCGAGAAACUCAUUUCUUCUCAUGAUGUUGUUUUCCUGCUAAUGGACACUCGAGAGAGCCGAUGGCUUCCCACUGUCAUCGCAGCCAGCCAGCAGAAGCUGAUUAUUAAUGCAGCCCUUGGGUUUGAUACCUUUGUUGUAAUGAGGCAUGGCCUUAAAAAGUCUAAAGAGCAAGAAUCGAGUAAAUCGGCUGGUGCUGCUGCCUCCUGCAGUGCAGUGUCUGCCCCAGGGACCUCGCUCUUUAACAACAUCCCUGGCCACAAACUGGGCUGCUAUUUCUGCAAUGAUGUGGUGGCACCUGGGGAUUCAACCAGAGACCGUACUUUGGACCAGCAGUGCACUGUGAGCCGACCAGGUUUAGCCAUGAUUGCUGGAGCUCUCGCGGUGGAGUUGAUGGUGUCUAUAUUACAGCAUUCAGAGGGAGGUUAUGCAGUAGCCAGCAGCAGUGAUGACAGAAUGAAUGAACCUCCAACCUCUCUGGGGCUUGUUCCUCAUCAGAUCCGAGGAUUUUUGUCACGAUUUGACAACGUGCUCCCUGCAAGUUUGGCUUUUGACAAAUGCACAGCUUGCUCACCAAUAGUUCUUGAUCAUUAUGAAAGAGAAGGGUUCCAGUUCCUGGCAAACGUGUUUAACUCUUCACAUUCCUUUUUGGAGGACCUGACCGGGCUGACGCUGCUUCACCAGGAGACUCAAGCAGCAGAGAUCUGGGAUAUGAGCGAUGAUGAAAGCAUCUGAAGUAGAGGAUGACGUCAGUAAGGUGUUCUUCAUCACCGUUUAUCAACAUACAAACCAAGAUCUUGACCGGGCGUAAGCACCACCUCUUGAUCUGCCAGCGAAAUCUCAUUGCAGCUCUGUAUUUGCCUUUUUUUUACUUGCUGUCUUAUUUUGACCCCCAUUUACUAAGCAAUACAAAACUGGGAAACACCUCAAAUGCAAAUGGGAGUUUGACGUUUAUUUCUAGUUUUGAAACAGUUUGUGUUUACCUUUCAGAAAGUCACCGAAGCUUUAAUUUAAUGGGCAUAUUAUGUUUAUUUUAUAAAUGCGCACGUAAAAGCCAUUAAGGGUGGGUUCAUCUCAGGUGACAUGAAUGUGAUGCCAAGGCACUUGUCUUUUUUUUUUACUUGGAACGAAUUACAUUAGAAUCCUGGAGAUAGACGGUUCUUCCGCUUACUUAACACCUGGUAUCUGGUGUCGGACCGCUUUCAACAGUCGGGACGUUUUAAAAAAUCACAGCUGUUGGAAUGCAUAAGUGUGGUACUGUGAGCGGAACCUAUAGGUCUUUCACCCUUUGAUUUAAAACGGUGAGUUUUUUUGGAACAGAUUAAAAAGGUUAAACUAAACAUACCUAAAAGUUUUAAACGACUAUUGAAGUGACUUAAAAAAAAAUUGCGUUGGUAAUAAAGCAAUAAAAGAACAUGUAUAAAUGUAGAUAUCUGUCUAAAAAGAGAGAUGUUGUCUUCCUCGUGCAGUCUACAAUAUUACAUUUUUUAGCAGUUUUGUAAUACACCAUGUCUCGCUAAUGUAGUACAUUUUUUUUCUUAGUUUUCUUUGUUGGAUGGAAACAUACAUAUUGCUUUGCUUCUCAUUUUUUAAUUUUGAUGAAUUAAAUGCAAAAUGUCAAACUAAGUUUGUGUCAGUGUGCAUGUACAGUACAAGUAUGCUUUCAAAAGUAGAAUAAAACGUUCUUAAGAAUUAAUAAUCCGUAAGUUAGAGUUGUACUGUUUUAAUGUGUUCCAUUGCUAGUAUUACACAGAACUUAAUUGUAUACCUUUUUCCAGCCAUCAACAGCUUGUCUAUCUUUUGGGGCAAAAAUAAAAGUUGCAAAAUAUAUACUAAUAAAAAAAAAUAUGCAUAA